GGACCAUGGAAAUAAGAGGGCGGGGCUUGAAGCAGCAAAGAGGAAGAGGUUGUCAUGGCUUCCCUGCGCUGGUGGAGUGUUUUGAGGAGAUACUGCAUCAUGAAAGCCUCUGGAAUAGCGCUGCUGUUGAUCACAGAUCUUUGUUUUAAAUCUGUAUACGGUAAGGGGUACAUGAGUGCUGCUUAUGUGGGGCAGGAGGCUCUAAGCACCGCACAUUUCAAUCCUGUCACCAGCAGUCCAGUGGCCCCUCCUGUGUCUUCAGCUACUCCAGGUGCACCAGAGGGUGACAUCUCCAAGUGUCCGAGUGGUGGGCUAUGCAACAAGCUUCCUGCAGACUGUGUCUCCUGCAGCUACCAGGAGCACAAGCUGUCCAACUGUACCUAUGGGAAGUCAGCAGCGUUUUUGUGCAGACCGAACAGAGGUGUCCACUGCACAGAUGAGUCGGGUAAACAGCAAACAGAGUUCAACCAGACUCUAACGUGUCAGUUCUGCUGGCAACUGGACCCAUCUCAGUACCGCUGCAAAAAUGAAACCAACUGCAUGACCGUGGCAUGCCCACGCAGGCGAUACAACACCACUUGCAAAGUGCUGGAUCACGUCCACUGUCUGGGGAAGCGAGACUUCAAGAAGCGCCUCUACUGCAACUGGACCGGAGGCUACAAAUGGUCAACAGCGCUGGCGUUAAGCAUCACCCUUGGUGGUUUCGGUGCGGACCGCUUCUACCUGGGGCAGUGGCGUGAGGGUCUGGGCAAGCUCUUCAGCUUCGGAGGCCUGGGCAUCUGGACCCUCAUCGACGUGCUGCUCAUUGGCGUGGGCUACGUGGGGCCCGCUGAUGGCUCCCUUUACAUCUGAUCACCUGGCCCAAAAGAUGUGGACUCUCUUCGGAAGGCAGUGUAGUGGUGGUGGUGGUGGUGGUGGUGGUGGAGGUUGGUCGAGAGUUUUGGGGUGGGAGUAGGGUGGUGGGGGUGAGUGGAGUGCUGUAGUGCUCCUCAUUCAUCUGCAGGAAGUAGAAAAAUCACAUCAAACUCUUUUCUCACACACACGUGAACUUGCACCCCACCCUAUUUAGUUCUCUAUGCACUCUAUGCGAGGUGAAGUCACACUUGAUACUGACCUGUGCAUGUGCAGCCAACCAGGCUUCCACUGCAACAGCCUCCCUCCCACCCUUCUCCCUCCCCCACCCUUGUACCGACAGGACUCAUGUCAUGCCCAGUGUUGUCCUUAUAUGUGUUAGAGCAGUUCCAGGGCUCCAAUCAUCCCCACCUCCUCACCAUCACUCAACCCGUCCCCACUCCUACACCAUGCAGUGGGCCAUGGAAUAAGACUAAUUCAGGGUUGGCCCCUGUGCGCAGCCACUGAAGCUCGUAAGCUUCCGGUCGUCGGCCAUAUGUAUGCUAUACCAGGCUGACCUAUGAAAUGGAGGACGACGGUGAACAUGCGCUUUGCGACAGUGAUGGGAAGCCGGCGAAGAUGCACAUUGAUGCGGGGUGCCAAUAGUUUGAUUGAUUUGUUUGCACAUGAAAGCCUGUGUGGUCUAUGAAGCAGAGUGCCACGUGGUCGAGCCGGACUGUGUGGCUGGGCUGACGGUUGCGGAGAGAACUCAAGUGAUUGUGUUGUUUAUUGUUUUUAUUUAUUUGGUCGGGUUGUAAACUGUAAUGACUUACCCAUGGCAGGAUGAAAGAACGCUAAAGCAGAAUUGAGUGGUUUGUGAUUAUGGACUCACUGAAGACAAACACUAGAUGCUUUGUGUUCUUCUGCUGCACUGAUACGUACAUAUUACCUUCUCAAAGGCAUGCUGUUGCUGCUUCAGCUUCUACUGUUGUUUUUCUUGUUUUUUUGUUUUGUUUUCUACUCCUGAGAAGGAUUUGAAUGUUUUAAACCUUUAAGUUGAUCGGUUGUUAUUUUGUAAACGGAAAUCGAAAAAUAACAGAGUGAAGAAGGCUUUCAAAAAUGGUUACAAUCCAUUGCGCUUGUGUGCAUGGUUAUGAACACAACAGAUCACAAAAGGUAAUUGUACUGGCAUGUGUUGCACAUACCGGUACUUGUUGUCAGAUCACGUUGUCACAUCACAGUAAUAACAGGUUUUAAGAAUAAAUAAACUCGGUUAUGUUUCA